GAAUCUAGUAAAAAAGCAUCUUCCGAAGAGGACGUCGCGGGAAGACCCAGAGUCAAAGUUCUGCCAGUACCAGGCCUUCCUACAAGUGGUGCGGGAACUGAACGACUUCGCCGGGCAGCGCGAGGUCGUCGCAGAGAACCUCCUGACCCGGAUAUGUGUGGAACUGGCCAAGUACUCUCAGGAGCUGAAGCAGGAGAGAAAAUCGCACUUGCAAGAGGGCCGAAGGGCUCAGCAGCAGCUGGAGAAUUCCUUCAAGCAACUUGAAAAUAGCAAACGCAAAUUCGAGCGCGACUGCAGGGAGGCCGAGAAAGCAGUUCUGACGGCUGAAAAACUUGAUCAGGACAUCAACGCUACCAAGGCCGAUGUGGAAAAGGCGAAGCAGCAGGCCAACCUGCGUAGCCACAUGGCCGAGGAGAGCAAGAACGAGUACGCCUCCUGCUUGCAGAAGUUCAACCACAACCAGAGCCAGUUCUACUUCCUGGAGAUGCCGCAGAUCUUCAGCAAGCUGCAGGAGAUGGACGAGCUGCGUGUGCAGCGGCUGAAGGAGGGCUACAGCGUCUUCUCGGAGACGGAGCAGCAGGUCGUGCCCAUCAUCGGCAAGUGCCUGGAGGGCAUGAAGGCGGCAGCAGACCUGGUCGAUGAGAAGCAUGACUCGCAGAUGUUGAUCGACCUCCACAAGUCCGGCUUCGAGAGGCCGGGAGACCUGGAGUUCGAAGACUUCAGCCAGCCCAUGAACCGCACCUCCUCCGACAGCAGCCUGGGCACGCCCCGCGGCACCCUGGACAGCCGGCUGGACCCCCGACUGCUGGGCAGGAACAAGACGAAGCGCUGGCCCUUCAGGGGUAAGAAUAAGCUCCCUCCCCCACCCCUCUCCCCCUCAAACUGCCCCUCCUCCUCGUCCCCUUCCCCCUCCUCGUCCGCCAUCAAUGGACCUCCGUCCCCCAAAUUCACCCGCGACCCCCUGUCUUACUGUUUGAACGAGAUCAAUAAGACUGUCAAACCCCGCAUCACGUCUUUCCGCAGCCUCCGACGGGGGACUGUGAUCACGGAAGACUUCAGCCACCUGCCUCCGGAGCAGAGGAGGAAAAAGCUGCAGCAGAAGAUCGAAGAAAGGAACCGGGAGCUGCAGAAGGAACUCGAUCAGAGGGAUGCCUUAAAUAAGAUGAAGGAUGUCUAUCAGAAGACCCCCCAGAUGGGGGACCCCAGUAGCUUGGAGCCAAAGAUCUCAGAGACCCUGGGCAACAUCGAGAGGCUGCACGGGGAAAUCCAGAAGUAUGAA